AUGGCCGGACACAGGCCCUCAAACUUCCCCGUGCUGGGCGCUGGUGGGGACAGGCCCGCAGGGCCAGUGCCGGUGCAGGUUGACACUCCGAUCAGGUUGAGCGCCCAGGCGGUCCCCGGCAGGCUGAUGGUCUGGCCAGGGGUCAGGCCGGGGAUGUGCCCAGGCCCUGAGGUGUGGGCGCUGUCCCCAGGUCCCCCGCCGUGCGAAUUCCUGGACGGGAUGAUGCUUUGCCGGCCCCGGGUCGGAGCUGGCGAGGUGAGCGCUUGGUUCGCAAGACACUCUGAGGUCGCCUUCCCUGGUCCCUGAAUCGUCCCGCAGUGCAUCCCGACGCUGGCGCUGCCAGAAGACGUCUCGGCCGUAGAGAAGGAGAUGGAGCAGUUGGCCAAGGAGCUGAAGUAGAAGAGGACGACCCUGGGGUACUCUCAGGCCGACGUGGGGCUGCUCAUGGGGGCUCUUUUUGGAAUGGCGCUGAGCAAGACGACCAUCUGCCGCUUCGAGGACCAGGAGUUGAGCCUCACCAACAUGUGGAAGCUGCGACCGCUGCUGAAAAUGUGGCUGGAGCAAGUGGACAUGGAGAACCUUCUGGGCUUAUGCAAAAUGGAAACGAUCCUGCAGCAGGCUGGGAAGCGCAGACGGGCGUACAGGGAGAGGCGCAUCGGAAACAGCCUGGAGAAACUCUUCCUGCAGUGCCAGCAGCCCACACCCCAGCAGAUCAGCUGCAUCGCUGGGCGGCUCCGGCUGCAGAAGGACUUGGUCCGGUUCCAUAACCGGAGCAGGAUGGGCAGUCAGCCAAGCAAUGAUUUCUCCCCACUGGCGGAGGUGGGGACUGUCGGACCUCCUCUCCCAAGAGGACCAGUGUGCUUUCCCCUGACAUCGGGACUCCAUUUCUGUUCCCCCCAUUAUGGGGGACCCUACUUUACACCGUUGUACCCUGCCCCUUUCACUGAGGGAGGAACCCUCCUCUCUGCCCCAGCCACCACCCUGAGCAUCCCCAGGCUUUCCAGCUGA